AUGGCGCUCCUCGGAUUGAUUGUCCUCGCAUUUGUGCUGGCUGUUAAUGCAAGCCUGAGCGCAAACUAUCCUGUGAAUGCCCAAUUACCACCCGUGGCUCGAGAAUCCAACCCGUUCAAGUUUGUGUUUUCUCCAGGCACUUUUGGUGACGCUGAUGCGGAUACGAAAUACUCGCUGGAGGAUGCGCCGUCAUGGCUUGAUGUGGAGAGCAAAGGCCGUACCUUGUUUGGAACCCCUCAAUCGGAGGACGUUGGGGAGCAGAAGUUCAAGCUCGUUGCAGAUGGUCCGUCCGGGUCUGCGAGCAUGGAAGUGACCUUGGUCGUGAGCGCAGAAGACGGUCCGAAACCUGGGAAGCCAUUGCUACCGCAACUCGAAAAGUUCUGUCCUACCUCAGCACCCUCGACGAUAUUCGUGCGCCCUGGUGACUCGUUCUCGCUCUCGUUCGACUCGGAAACAUUUGUCGGCACAGGGAAUUCGACCGUAUACUAUGGAACGUCACCAGAGAAUUCGCCGUUACCAUCCUGGGUUCGAUUUGAUCCUGAUGAUCUUCGAUUCUCUGGAACAACACCAAAGGGUGGCCCGCAGAGCUUUACGUUCAACCUAAUCGCAUCGGAUGUGCUUGGCUUCAGUGCCGUCACCUACACUUUCGAAAUGGCCGUCCGCCCGCAUAUCCUUUCAUUCAAUGAUACCCUACAAACGUUUAGUCUGAGCCGAGACGGCGAAUUCAAAAGUCCUGCGCUCCAUGAAUACUUGACGCUGGAUGGCCGAAACCCUACGAAGGAGGAUUUGACAGACAUCUCCGUGGAGGGUCCCGAAUGGCUCACUUUGGACAACAAGACGCUCACCUUGAGCGGCACCUCGCCAUCUGACGCAAAGAAUGAGAAUGUCACCAUCUCAAUUACAGAUGUUAAUGAAGACGUAGCCAAUAUGAUUGUCAGUCUGCAAUACUCGCAACUAUUUCUCGAUGGUGUUGCGGGGUGUGAUGCAACCAUCGGGGAGGACUUUUCAUACACAUUUGACGAAUCGGUUUUGACUGACGACUCCGUCGACCUUGAGGUGAAUGCAAAUGACCAGUUCCCCUCGUGGUUGCACUAUGAUGCGGAGAAGAAACAGCUCUAUGGCUCUGUCCCGGAAGACGCCAAUCCCCAGAAGUACACUGUCGACUUGAUUGCUACCAAGGGAUCGACUGAGGAUACGCAGAAGUUUACCAUCGAUGUUGCGGAAGCAGGCCACCAUGAUCAUACCGAUACCGACAAAUCCGUGGAGUCCGGAAGCACGACUGGCACCGGUGGUAAUAGUCACCAGAAGAAAGCUGGAAUCAUCGCCAUUGCUGUUAUUAUUCCGUGCGUUUUUGUGGCUAGCGCCAUUGUACUCUUAUUCUGCUGGCGUCGCAAGCGCAGGGGAGGGUCCUCGCACGACGAUGGAGACUUUCCACCAGAAAAGCCACUAACAGGUCCAAAUGCUCAGCCACCACUACCCCAAUGCCAACCCUUUGAAGACAUGAUUUCACAUUCGAUGCCCCCCCCGGCUCAGGGCACUCCUCCACGUUCACCGCCACCGAAAUUGGAGCUGAAGUCAUUCUUCGAUGCAACCACAUUCGAAAAGACAGAUACUUUUGUAACAGAGGAACCGGUUGAGGAUGCAAUGGCGGACAAGGAGAACGCCCGGCCACGAUCGACCAUCGGAUGGGAUUUCUCGUCAUUACACGAGCAGCCUGAACAGGGACCAGGAUCUGAAGACGUGCUGGCUCAAGACAAGCAUCGUUCAUUGCAUGCAAGUCCCUCGGUUCGACGACAGACCAGUCAGCCCAAGAGACGAGAGCCGCUCAAACCCAUCCAAGGGCGGCGAUCGCUGAAACGUAACUCAGCGGCUUCGUCUCGUUCAAAGCGCCUCUCGAAGCGAUCUAGUGGAAUUUCCUCUGUGGCUUCGGGCCUUCCGAUCCGUCUCAGUGGCGCGGGCCAUGGGGCAGGCGGGUUCGGUCCCGCUGGCCGUGGAUCGUGGCACGCAUCCAUGCAGAGUGACGAGGGUGGGCUAGGAAAUCUAGCCCCGUUGUUCCCGCGACCUCCGCCGCGGGCGCGGGAGAGCAUCGAGUAUGCCAGACGGGCGAGCAUGCGUGCGCUAGGUCGGGAGAACUCGACCAUUUCGGAGUCUGAUUCGCUGGAGGCAUUUGUCCACACUCGCGCGAAGAGCAGGAACUCGACGAACCCGAUGUUCUCGGGGCAAGGCAACCGACGAACGUCUUCAGGGUUCCGGGCAUUGGAACGGAAGCGGAGCACCCUUAGUCGGGCCGAUACAGAAUCAACGGGAAACUUCACCAACUACGACUACCGUCAGUCGCUGCAGGAACGGCCGUACUCGAUGGCGAGGUCGGCGUCGAUCUAUACGAACGACAACCGGCAGUCGAUAUAUCUACCACCGACAUCACGCAUGUCGUCCUACAUGCAAGCAUCACCAGCAGCCUAUCCGAGCCAGUCGAGUCUGGCGCAGAACUACCGUGACGUGCUCUCACCGCUUCCACAUUUCAUGACAGAAGCAAGCUUGGCC